CUGGCGCUCGCCAAAGUCUUUUUAUUCGACACCUCCCUCGUCUGGCUGUCCUUCGACUGCUUGCUUUGUCCUUCUCCUCAUUUUGCGUCUUCGCACCGCAUCGCUUCGCCGCUACAACGCACAGACGCGUUCCGCUCCCUUUUACUUCCGCACUUCGUGAUAGAAGAACACCCACCUCCCGCACCAUAUCGAGAUGUUCUCCCGAACCACUAUUCCUUUGGCGUUUGUCAUCGCGUUCAUUCUUGGAUUCAUGUCCCUGCUUGCUUCGGCAAGUCCGAUCCCUGUCGUCCCCGCUGUGCAGGGAGGGAUCGCCCUUUUCAAUGAUGCAAUUGCAAGAGAACUUGUCAGUGUUGAUGUAGAGACUCGUGGACCGGAGCCCGAGCCAGCACUGGACAUCCCCCGCGCUGUCGUGGAGGAAGUAACUCCUGAUCCUGAGCGCUCUUCCGAGCCGGAAAGCCAGGAUGACCUCGAAGCUCGCAUAUGCCGCUUUGGCUGCAUCUGAUUGAUGUCUGGGUAUACACACCCUGGACUUCAUGUUGCUGCGUUGUUCUCGUGGUCUCCAGCCUUUCGCCGCUCUUACGCUCUUUGAUGACUCGUGGUUUUCUUGAUACCUCUGCUCUUGUUACCCCUCUGUUGUAUCUUUCGCAUGGAUAAUUCGUUACUUGUACUUUCGUGGGGUAGUCCUGGUUCAUCUUAUUUUGCAGCUCAAUUCUUACUCGUACCUCCACCUAACACCGUCUGUCACUUCCGGGCAGCACAGCCAGCUAUCUUGCUUGAUGCAAGCGCUGCUCGCCUCUGCUGUCUAGCUCCGCUUCCAAGUAUUUUUUUUGGAUAUUUUCUGUAUCUUAAUUGGGCCCAGCUCUGAGGACUCUUUGUAAUGUAAUUGCGCC